AUGGGAGUGCAUAAGCCAAGAAGUGAUAUAAAACAAAGAGAUCUAAUACUAUAUCGUUUGCAUGUCAUCUGGUGCUUGAGUAUAUAUUCAAUUCUGGCUUUUUGUGUUUACGAUGAAUACACUUUAUCGAAUAUUGAAUUGCCAACUGUGCAGAAACCUUUAUAUUUCAGUGAAUAUUUGGUAUAUCUUAUACAUUUAUUGGAAUUAAUACGUGUGAUAAAUUUUCGCCGUGAAACAUAUUGGAAAUUUCAAAUAUUUGUUGUAGAUUUUGAUCGUAUUUUAUACGAUAUGAAAAUGAGUUUAAAUUACAGAGAUUUACAGGCGUUCUUAAACUGGCACAUGACCUUGAUCAUAUUGCAUUUGGUGUCUACAAUUAUAAUCGGUUACUACUAUAAUGAAGGUAAAAUUAUAAAUUUUCUACGCACCAAUACUGUCUAUAUCUUACCAAAUGUCAUCAUACAUAUUUCACUGUUGCAAUACUAUGCAUUACUUUUUAUGGUCUAUAAACGAGGUGAGAAAUUAUUGGAAUAUCUGGAAAAACUUUUGAAUACUUCAAGCUACAAAGAUAUGUGGAAUUUUCGUCAUCAGUUACAUUUGCUACGGAACUUAUUUGCAAAAUUGGAUGAAUUUACUAAAGUGAUUAAUGAUCAUUUUUCGAUUUCUAUAUUGCUGGUCUAUUUUGGUUCGUUUGUCAAUUUGAGUGUUAAUGUUUUCUUGUUGUAUAAAUAUUUAAAUGCUUGGGAUAACUCGAAUCCGGCCUGGACUAUCUAUUCAUUAGCCUGGACUUUUAUGCAUAUUGGAAAAAUGUUUUUGAUUUUAUAUUACAAUCAAAAUGUACAAAAUGUGAAAAGUAAAGCUACUGUACUGCUGAGCUCAAUGAAGUUUGAACAUCGAUCGGUCGAAUCUACCUUACGUCUUUUUAUAUUACAACUAAUGUCCGAUACCCGAAGUAAUUUUGUAUGUGGAUUAGCAGCUUUAAAUAUGAACUUUAUAACAUCGCUUUUGGUGGCCAUAUCUACAUUAUUUAUAUUUCUAGUACAAUAUGAUAUAACCUUUGAGGCUCUAACAAGGACUCACAAUUCUGGAAAACCAAAUAAUAUCUAAUUUUUUUCACCGUUCAAUAACAUAACACUUUAAAAAUUAAAACCAGACCAUUCUUUCGGAUCUAGUAUGUGUUCCAUGUUACUGCCAUUAAAAAUAGUAUAACGAUUUUUAAAAC